UCCGUCUUUUGCUCUCUCACAAUCAUCUGCAGAAUCGUUCAGUCAGUUUCUGUCGUUAACCAAACAAGACAAUCAACAUGAAGUCUUCCGCCGUCGCUCUCGGCCUUGGUGCCGCUGCUGCCGUCUCUGCUCAGAGACCAGCUGACCAGUCCAUUUGCGACUACUACACCACUGCCCUGUUGAUGGAGAACAACGCGACCAACCAGCAGACCGUCCUGACUUUGGUUGUCAACACUGCCGUCAUUGGCAACUACACCUCCAACCCAGGCUCUCUGGUCGCUGUCCCAGGUAUCUUGGCUCCAGGUACCGGCGACUUCGAGGGUGUGAACCUCCUCCCAUACUUCAAUGGCGAGCUCGUCUCGACCAACGCUGGCGGCAUGCCUCGCUCCGUCAACUUCCUCGACGAUGGUGGUGCUGCUCCUCUCAUGAUGAACAUGCCAGCCAACGGUACCGACUCUGCUCAAUACCGCCUCCUCACCCACCUUUACCAGUACUUCGCCGUUCUCUUGGGCUGCUCCCAAUUCGGCAACUCCACCGGCCAGUACGAGGGUGAUGUCUCCCAGUACUCCGUGCACAAGUACAUGGGUCUCAACAACGCUGAGGUCGGAUACUUCAUCACCCAAGUUGGUCUUGCCGCCAAGUCCUUCGGUGUCACCGACGACGAUGUCACUGCUGUUGGCACCGCCUUGACCAACGCUUUCGGCUACCGAUGCGCUCCACCAGCUGCCAUCCCACCAACUGCCUCUGCUGAGCUCCAGGCUAUCUGCAUUGCUGAGGACUGCCCAAUCGCCACUGAGAGCGCUACUUGCGACGCCUACGAGGCCGUCAUGGAGCCAGCCACUGCCACCAUGUCCGCUACUGGCUCCGCUAUGCCAUCCCAGACCAUGGGUGGUGGUAUGGGCUCCGGAUCUGGUUCUAUGCCAUCUGCCACUGGAGGUAUGCCAGAGCAGUCCACUGGUGGUGCCGGUUCGCUCCUUCCAGUCAUGGGAGGUGUUGUCGGUGGUGCCAUGGCUGCUGUCCUCGCUUUGUAA